AUGCCUCAAGAGGACUUCUCCGUGGAGCUCCUGCAGCUAUACUAUGAUCGACUCUUCCCAUACAAACAAAUGGUUCAAUGGCUACGUUACGACAAAGGAGAGGAAUUUCUCUUUCGACGUGAGCUUUCAUACACACUUGAGAACGACACGUACAUUCGUUACAAGGCUUUCCACAAUGCCGAGGAGCUCAAGACAAGCAUGAGCAAGACUUUACCUUUUAAAAUCGAUAUCGGUGCUGUCUUCUCCGUGUCACCUGCUGACAAGGGAAAGGUUAGCGCCGACCAUUUUUCUCCUGAACAGCGUGAGCUCGUGUUUGAUAUUGAUCUGACGGAUUAUGACGAUAUUCGAACGUGCUGUGAGGGUGCCGCUAUCUGCAAUCGAUGCUGGCAACUUAUGGUCGCUGCAGUAAAAGUGCUGAAUACAGCAUUGAAGGAUGAUUUUGGCUUUGAACACUUGCUCUGGGUCUACUCAGGACGUCGUGGUAUCCAUUGCUGGGUCGCAGACGAACGAGCACGAGAGCUCGAGAACGAGGCACGUUCUGCAGUGGUGGGGUAUCUGUCACUUGUAGAAGGCAAUGAGAACUCUGCUCGUAAAGUCAAGCUACGUGAACCGCUGCAUCCGUCGCUCGACCGGGCUUACCGCCUACUGGAGCCAAUGUUUGAGGAUAUGAUUUUGGCGGACACGGGGCAGGGAAUCAUGUGUUUGGAGAAACAUUGGGUCAAGUUGCUGGCAAUGGUGCCUGACGAAGAUAUUCGAGCUAACAUGACGCGUCGAUGGGGCGCCACAAAUUGUUGUUCUAGUCCAAGUGAGAAGUGGCUUGAGCUCAGGGAGGUGGUGGAGAAACAGGUGCAGAAGAAUGUCAACGCCGCGCGUAGUGGUAGCAACCUUAAGCGGCCUGCGCCGAACAGUGACGUCAACAAGCGCUUCGCAGCGGCCGAGCUGCGCACAUGUCUACAGGAGAUUGUACUGGCAUACCUAUACCCAAGACUAGAUGCUAACGUGUCUAAGCAACGAAAUCACUUGUUGAAGAGUCCGUUCGCUGUGCAUCCCAAGACGGGUCGUGUAUGUGUACCCAUCGAUGUGGCCUCUAUGGAGACAUUCGACCCGUUCAAGGUGCCCACCCUGGGCCAGCUACACGAGGAACUUGAUUCGGGCAAAUCCACCACGAGCAUGAACAAGUACGUGGACUUCUUUGAGUCUUCGUUCUUGAAGCCGUUGGCGGUGGCGGCUAAGCGGAAAGAGCGCGACGCUCGUGAGAGUGACGCUGCAAUGACUGGUGACUGGUAG